AGAUUAAGUGUGUAGGCUUUUGUAUGAAAUAAAAAUUCGCACAUUUUGUUUCUCAAAGCGCAAACUUGUACCUGGAGGCGUUUGGGAUUUUUUUGCCAAAACUUGUACUUUCUAAACUUUUAUAUCUCGGAUUGGUGCAACCCAAAUAAUUAUUUAUGACGGCAUAUUAUUUAGUUCCUAUAUCAAAUAACCGAUUGUGAAUUCUGGGAAAUAGGUUAUUAUAAAUAACCUAAUAAUAAAACGGGAUAAAAAUUUUCCAAAGUUUGUUAAUUUUUAAUACAAAUUCACACAUUUAAAGACCCUGUGAACGAUAAAACCCCAAUUUCUCGUACAAAAGUCAAAUUUUCAUCGUUUUGCUAUUGUCUGAGUCCAUUGCGAUGCUUAAAUAAGUGAUUUAGCACAUUUAUGGUUCGAUGAGCGUUUUUGCAGAAGACACCAUUUGUCUAUCUCUUAUAGUAUCUUCGUAAAGAAUUUUGUCACGAUAAAGUUACGUCCUGGACCACUGCCACAGUGCGUUGUCUUUGCUAUGUAUAAAAAUAGACAAACACAAAAUUCAUUUUCAAAAUCCUUUUUCAAAUGUCAAUCUCUUGAGUAAGUCAAAAAGUAAUAAGAUUAAACUAGAAGUGAAAAAAAGCUAAAGGAAAAAUUCUAGGUUUUCCGGCAUUCUAGAAAAUGUUCCAAUCUGGAGAAAAAAAUCUGGAAAAUUAUCCAUUCUGGGAAAUUUUCCGUUCUGGGAAAAAAAUCCGGGAAAUAGUCUAUUCUGGGGGAAAAAAAUCUUAUAAUUGGUGCAUUCUGGAAAAAAUUCUUGGGAAUGGUACAUUCUGGGGCUUGAUUUACAUUACGAUGACAAUUGUUGAGAAAUUGUUUCGAAAGUCAGUUGAGCCUUGACUUAGUAUUUGUAAAAUUUUUAAUCGCGACAUUAUAAAAUAUUAUUCGUGUAUUGCAUAGAGAUUUUGAAGGAAAUCAAUCAUAUUUGAUCAAUCAAUUUUGAUUGUCUGAUCUCCUGCAACUUAAUAACUCAAUCAGUUAGUGCAAGUAAAAUCUGCAUACCAACAAUCAAUCGAUAAGUUUCGAAUAUUGCGCUACAUUUUCUCACCAAUUAAUUGCCGAUGAGAAGAUGCAAAGUCCAGAUCACUCAAAUAGUUCAUCCAUCAAUAGCUUCUAACGAUAGUGUGUUUAUCGCUCGUAUUGUACGGAUAAUGCAAGCAAAACAAUACGCACAUCUAAUCAAACAACAUGCAAUCACCAACUCGUGGAUUCCUUACACAGUAGCAGUAUUCUAAUUACUAACUCACAUUGUUUGUGUUUUUUUACUGUGCCCACCCCUACAAGUGAUAUAUAGUGUAACCCGCUUUGUUUUUGGGGGGUUUCAUUACUGGAGCACGCUACAGUUCGCAGGGUUUUUGCGCCGUUAUUAUGUCCUACAUCAAUACAACAGGUUCUGAUUGAGUCAACUAGCUUUGAAUUGGUGUGAAAAGCGACCGGGCGGCUUUCCACGAUCAGCAUCAAUUUGCUUAACAUCGAGUUGAAAGGCAUCAACCGAUUUGCCGAUGAUAACGAGCUCCAAACACGCAUUCCAUCACUCGUUUCCAGCACCUUGUUAAAAUUAACUCACCCGAAUAAUCACGAACAAACGAUCGAUCGAGGCUUCCCUCAUUGCUCACCACUGGCAAGGUCGAUCGGUUUCCCAGAAUUUGUGCGAGAUGCGUGGCGAUCAUGUAGGUACCUACCUGUUGAGGUUGGUCUUCUAAAACUGUUCAACUUGCUGUUUUAAGUAUCGAUUUCCCAGUUGUUGGUUUUUUUCUGUGGGGCCGGAAAAUCGUAACUCACCGGUCCCAAAACCAUUGCUCUCGCUCGCGACAAAGAACGAGACAUGCUGGCUGGCUGUCGAUGACUUAACGAUGUCGCCGAUCUUCACGCAAAGCAAAGCAAAGCCGGUCUCGUCAUGAUUUAUGAGUGUGGUCAUUUGUUAUCGCGGAUUAAUCUGCCGUCCGCCAUAAACUCUCGCUCUCAACGAUCGCAGGUAUACCUACAUAGAAUCAACAACCGGUGCGAAACAGGAGAGAAAUCUUGAAUCGACAACCUACCCUACCUAUAAUAGCUGCUUCUCAAAACCUGAACAAGUUUGCACGAUUUGUUUACUUUUGCAAACACGCAAAUCCUCCGCGUAUUAAAUCGCGACUUGAAGCAUGAUCGCCGCCGGACGAGGAGAAGGAUCCUCUCAGUUCGUUCCGUUAGUCAUUUGUGAGCCGUGCAACAGGACGGUUCAACUUUCCGGAAUCGUCUUCAGGAGUGUGUCCUGACGAAGGGAGGGCGAAUCGUUGAACGAUAAGCAUCGCAGAAAGUAGCAUGAACUGGGUUCGAUCGUGGUGGGUCGUCGUGUCGCUUGUGAUAGCGCCGCCGUUAACGAUCGCGCGGGAGUUUAAACGGUGCGAAUUGGCACGCGAGUUGGCGCUGAAACAGGUGCCUGAGUACCAGAUCGGCGAUUGGUUGUGCAUUGCGGAAUAUGGAUCGCGCUUUAACACAUCGGCCGUCAAUCUCAAGUACAAAAGAUUCGGGGGUUCUGCGUACUAUGGGAUCUUUCAAAUAAGUGAUCUGUACGGCUGUCUGAAAAGUAGCUCAAUUUGUGGGCUGGCCUCUUGUGACGAUCUGAAGGAUGAGGAAGUGGAGGAUGACAUCGAUUGCAUGCUUCGAAUAUUUGCUGAGUAUGGGCGGGCAAUUGGCGACGGGUUUGCGGCUUGGCCCAUUCACAAAACUCAUUGUCGCGAUCGGGCAGCCUCCAGAGUGCCCUUCAAAAGUUGUUUGAACGAAGAAGUGCUUCGUUUUCAAUCGUACUACAAGAAGAAAAAAGCAAAAGCUAAAAACGAUAUCUUUGACACGGAGCAGAUAAUUCCGGUCGGCAAGGUGUACGAUCGUUGUGAGCUGGCGAUCGAGCUACGUGAUAAGCAUCGAAUGCCUCUGGAGCAGAUACCAACAUGGGUGUGCAUAGCAUAUCACGAAAGUCGGUUUAACACCUCGGCAGAAGGUCGGUUGAAUGCGGACGGCAGUGGGGAUCAUGGGUUGUUUCAAAUUAGUGAUAUCUACUGGUGUUCUAUCGGCGAUCAGGCCGGGAAGGCUUGCGGAGUGACGUGCUCAGAAAUGCGAAACAGCGACAUAAGCGAUGACGUUCGCUGUGUUCAGAUAAUUUACGAUGAGCAUCGUCGAAUCUCGGGCGAUGGCUUCAAUGCCUGGACGGUUUACAAACCUUACUGCCAAGAACUGGCCGAUUCGUUCGUUCAGGAUUGUUUUGAGGAGCAGCCUCCAACAACUGUCGGACGUCCGCGUCCUGCCUUAACUGCUCCCACGAGACCUGCUGUCCAUAAGAGCGCUGAUCUCACCAUGCCAUACGGAAAAGUAUACGAUCGAUGUGAACUGGCGAAUGAUCUUUUGUACAAGUUUAAUUUCCCUCGGAAUCAGAUCGCGACCUGGGUCUGCAUCGCUUAUCACGAAAGUACAUUUAACACCUCAGCCGAAGGACGACUCAAUGCUGACGGGAGUGGUGAUCAUGGGCUGUUUCAGAUCAGUGACAUCUACUGGUGCUCUCCUCCUGGGAAUGGGUAUGCCUGUGGAUUAUCCUGCGACAAACUUAAGGAUGGCGAUAUCAGUGACGAUGUCGAAUGUGUCAAGAAAAUUUUUGACGAGCACCAACGUCUCUCAGGAGAUGGUUAUAACGCCUGGUCUGUGUAUCAACCCUACUGUAAAGGGAAAUCGGACAGUUUCACUCAGGGCUGCUUCGGAUCUGACUCAGUUACGCCUCCGAUUCCAAGACCAGCAAUCACUGCACCAACUCAUGCUCCUGGAAGGAAAUCUCAAACAUCCCGAGGUAAAAUUUACGAUCGCUGUGAGCUGGCAAAGGAAUUACACCUCAAGCAUCAUUACUCGAUCGAGGAUUCGGCUGUGUGGACCUGCAUAGCACAGUAUCAGUCCAACUUCAACACCGCAGCCGUGGGUUCGGGUCCUGGAGGUGUCCAGUAUCAUGGAAUGUUCCAGUUGAGCGACGAAUAUUGGUGUUCGCCACCUGGAAAAGGAUUUGUGUGCGGGAUUUCCUGUGCCGAUCUGAAGGACGAUGAUCUAACGGAUGAUCUUGCAUGUAUGCAACACAUCUACGACGAACAUCAACGAAUUUCGGGCGAUGGCUUCAACGCUUGGCCCUCGUAUCAAUCGGCCUGUAAAAGCAAUGCCCUCAACAUGGUUAAGGAUUGUUUCGAAGGAGUUGAAAAUGUUAUCACCCCUGUUACGACAGUGGCGCCCAAAGGCAAUGUUCCGGUUGGAAAGGUCUAUGAACGAUGUGAGCUGGCAAGGGAGCUAUACUAUCAACAUGGAAUGCCUUACGAUCAGAUCGCUACUUGGGUUUGUAUUGCCCAUCGGGAGUCGAACUAUAACGUUUCGGCAAUCGGAAGAUUGAACGCAGAUGGAAGUGAAGAUCACGGACUGUUUCAAAUUAGCGAUAUCUAUUGGUGUUCUCCUCCUGGCAAGGGUUGGGUUUGUGGACUAGCGUGUUCAGAUUUGGAAGAUAACGAUCUUACCGACGACAUUGCUUGUAUGAGAAAAAUCUUCGAGGAGCACACCCGUAUAUCUGGCGAUGGUUUCAAUGCGUGGUCUGUUUAUCAGCCAUAUUGUAAGGGAAGGUCCGAUGGUUAUAUUCUUGGAUGUUUUGAUGAAACAAACCUCUCACCUCCAAGACCUCCAACGCCUUUGGUUCCACCUAGUAAAACUCCAAAAAGUCGAGGGAAAAUCUACAAUCGGUGUGAGUUGGUCAAUGAGCUCUACCAAAAGCAUCACUACUCGAUCGAAGACGCUGCCAUGUGGACUUGUAUAGCUCAGUUCCAGUCCAAUUUCAACACCGCAGCUAUUGGGUCGGGAGCUGGAGGUGUUCAGUAUCAUGGAAUGUUCCAGCUGAGCGACGAAUAUUGGUGUUCUCCCCCUGGAAAGGGUACAGUUUGUGGAGUUGCCUGUUCGGAUCUUACCGAUGAUGACAUAACCGAUGAUCUAGCUUGCAUUCAACUGAUCUUCGAAGAACACCAAAGAAUUUCCGGAGACGGUUUCAACGCCUGGCCUUCCUAUCAGAAUAAAUGCAAAGAGAAGGCCCAGAGUAUGGUUCAAAGUUGUUUUGCGAAUAGUGGCGGAAGCCCUCAAAUACCCCCAAAACGAAAAGAAAACGUAGGUGUCGGAAAAGUUUAUGAACGUUGUGAACUUGCGCGUGAGCUUUUCUACACUCACAACCUUCCGUACGACCAAAUCGCUACGUGGGUUUGCAUAGCUCAUCGUGAGUCAAAUUACAACGUUUCUGCAAUUGGUCGACUCAAUGCCGAUGGAAGUGGGGAUCAUGGACUGUUCCAAAUCAGUGACAUCUAUUGGUGUUCACCUCCCGGAAAAGGUUGGGUUUGUGGUGUAAGUUGUUCCGAUUUAGAAGACAACGACCUAACUGAUGAUAUUGCGUGCAUGAAACUGAUCUUUGAAGAGCACACAAGACUUUCUGGAGACGGUUUCAAUGCCUGGUCCGUCUAUAGGCCAUACUGUAAGGGUCGUUCAGAUCACUACAUACGUGGGUGUUUCGAAGAAGAAAAUCGAAGUACCAAGAGGCCUUCAGUAAGGACAACUCGUGCCAUAUCAACAAGCUUGAUAACUACUAAAUCAUCAACUACUACUACUUUGAAACCAAUCAUUUUAUCGACUACUCCAAGAAAGACAACUCAAAGGCCAACGAUCGCAGCUAAAUCUACCCUCUCAACAACAACCCGUCGAACAACAACCAGGUCCUCGACACCUCGCCCAACUGCAAUCCCUCAGAAGUCAACCACUAGCCUGUUCGACUUUUAUCUGAAUCAUUUUGGCCGUCCUAACACAACUCCGGCUUCCUAUGCACCAUUUACGUUUAGAUCGAAAUAUACUAAAAGUGCCAUAACAAGUUCAACAAGUUCCCCGUGGUCAUCGCCAACCGUCGAAACUACUACUAGAGGAGCCACGAUCAACAAAUCAUCAGCCAAAACGAAGAACUACUCGUCCAGUGCUCGAAAUGCAACCUUCGAUCAGUUGUUCAAUAAUCUUAAACAUUAAACAAAUAAAAUUACAUCUUCGAAA